AUGACAAACUCAGGACUAGUCACUCCACAUUCAAGACCUGGUACACCCUCUGAUCUUCUCAGUCCGUCGUCAAAUCCACAAAGAUUACAAUCAAAUUCUUCAACUUUGAUGAAUUCAUCAAACCCUGCUUCGUAUACCUCAGCACUACAAAAUGCACCCUCUGCGUCAUCUUCAAAUAAUGCCACUUCUGCCUUUGCUAGCUUGAGCAAACAUUCGUCACAUGCAAACUCCAGUGUGUCCCUCGGCGGCACUUUUCAUAAACAAUCAUCCUCAUCUUCCUCGGUUCCAUCAUUUGAAAGAGAAAUUUAUGACCAGUUAUUUUCCAUGUACAAAACAUUGCUUUCGUUGAAGAACAACAGGGCCAAAUACAUUAGCUCAAAACAGAUUUAUGAGAUUUACGACCAGUUUUUAAACACAAUAAAUGAGUUGAAAUUGACAAGAAAAGACGAGGAAUUGAAAGGAAUCACUUUGCAAAUCCCCAAUGGUAAUGAUCUUAUCAUUGAUGACAACUUCCAAUUAUUGAGCUUGUGCUUUGUUACGUGUGGAUUGAUCAAAUUUGCACCGGCAACAUAUUCAAGUUUGAGUACAGUCAUGAAAUUGUUGACGCAUUUAAAAGAAUGCAAGGUUUACACUAUGGAUGACUUGAAACCUGUAGGUACUAGACUUGAAGAGAUUAGAGACAUCAUUGUCACAAGCCAGGAUAAAUUUGAAGAUGAAGAUGAAGAAAUGAAAGAUGGAAGAGCACUACUGAGUCACCAGAUUGAAGAGACAUUGUUGCGAAACAAAUUGAAUAGAUGCGAGGGACUAUACACAGAGCUAGUUGACAAUUUCAAGAAUGUGCCGCUGGAUUUAGAACCCACUUACCAUGAAUUGAUUAACAUUCGACAGCAAAUAUUGAAUCUACUCACUGAUUAUCAAGAUAUCGGUAGCUCCGAAAGACAGCAGGAGUUGAAUGACAAGAUUUCGGGAUUGAAGCAAGACUUGAAACAAGUUGAGAACUUGAGAGAUGAAGGUGACGGUAAGUUUCAUAGUUCUGAGGUACUCGAUGAAAAACAAUUGGAUUCCAUACAACCAGUUAUAAAUGGGUUGAUUGAUGAUUGCAAAAACUUACUCGCAGAUUUGCAAAUGCACGACGAGGAGUUAUCACUUGCCAACCUUUCGAUCGAGGACGAUGGAGAAGGAAAAGAGGGUUCUUUGAUUGAAUUAAAACAACAGUACGAUUUGAUUUACAAGCAGCUCCAGGAGCUUAAAUUGACAUUGGAAAAUCUAUUAAUCACCAGACGUUGGACAUUAAGAGAAACAGACUUGUACAAUUACCAAAAAAGUCUCAAAUCCAUCGAUGAGCAGCGGAUGAAGUUGGUACAACAAACACCAAAGGGUAAAUUGAGGAAAUAUCAAUUAUUGGUGCUUUACUUAUUACGUCGUUGUUAUUCAGUGAUUUAUAAAUUACUUGAAAGUAGUGAACCUGUGAGUGAAAGUUUAACACCAAUCCAUAACCAACUCUCUACUGUUAAGAGGUGCUUGUUGGAGCUAAAGAGAGUCGAUGGUGUGAACAAUUUGCGCGAGUUGUACCCGUUCCAGUUCAAGCUUGCUUCGAUUGAUAAUUUACGUAAAGAUGGUAAAUUUAUCGUUGACACAACAGUACCUGAAGGCCAAGGUGCUUUAUGUGCAUUACUUAGUGAAUGUUUUGAUAUUUUGCAAGAGAUGAAAAUAGAAGCAGAAGAAAAAGAAAUCGAAGAAGUUGGGGACGAUGCAAUAGACUACGACGACGAUGAUGCGGUAUUUGGCGAAAGGAUGGCCAAUGGUGGCGGAUUUACAAAUUCUGUUGAAGGGGGUGUUGAUGGCUCGGCAUCCAUUCUGAAUGGACCCGAUGAUGUUGAGGUGAAAAGAAACCGGUUUAAGGAGUUUAAUGAAGCUGACUAUGAUUUGGAUAGCAUCUCGAAUUAUGACGAGGAUAGCGACGCUUACGAUAUUAGCGACAGCGAGUACGAAGGAAACGAUUACUAUUAA